AAUGCGGGGCAGGGGCACAGCUAAGCGCCCUUGGCCCCUUACCCUUUUCGUUCCCCCGCCCCCCUCCUGCCUCCCCCCCAAGAAAGCUAAACGCUGCCGUCGUCGUUGCUGCUGCCGCCGCCACCGGGGGAGGUAAAUGAUGUUCAAGUACCGGAUCCGCAUGUUCUUCAACGAGCUGAAGCUGCUGGUGUUGAUGCGGCGGGGCCGCCCGGAGCCCGAGCCGGGAGCCGAGGGAAGCCGCGGGGCGCUGGGCGGCAGCGGCUGCGGAUGGCCCCCCUUCGCCGACUGCUCGGCCCGGCAGGACGAUGAGGCCGAAUACUACGGCGGCGGAGGCGCCGAGACCCGGCCGCGGAGCCUGGCCCUGGAGGAGAAGGACCCCCGACCCCAACCCCCCGGGCAACAGCCCGGGCAGCAGCCCGCGGCGGGCGGGGCGGGGGGAGCUUUGGACUCGGUGUCGCUUAGCAGCAGCUUGGAUAGUGGCAUGAGGACCCCGCAGUGCCGGAUUUGCUUCCAGGGACCAGAGCAGGGGGAGCUGUUAAGCCCAUGUCGCUGCGACGGGUCUGUCCGCUGCACCCACCAGCCCUGCCUGAUUCGCUGGAUCAGCGAGAGAGGUUCUUGGAGCUGCGAGCUGUGCUACUUCAAAUACCAGGUCUUAGCCAUUAGCACAAAGAAUCCCUUGCAGUGGCAGGCGAUUUCCCUGACGGUGAUUGAAAAGGUACAGAUUGCAGCCAUCAUCCUGGGUUCCCUCUUCCUCAUCGCCAGCAUCUCGUGGCUCAUCUGGUCAUCCCUCAGCCCCUCGGCCAAGUGGCAGCGGCAGGACCUGCUCUUCCAGAUCUGCUAUGGGAUGUACGGCUUUAUGGACAUCGUCUGCAUAGGCUUGAUUAUCCACGAAGGCUCCUCGGUGUAUCGAAUAUUCAAGCGUUGGCAAGCGGUGAACCAGCAGUGGAAGGUGCUGAACUAUGACAAAGCCAAGGACCUAGGGGAACCAAUUGGCGGGAGCACAAAGCCCGGAGGGCGGAAUUCACGGACGAACCCCUCCUCGGGGAGUGAGAGGACCUCCCAGCGGGGCCAGCGGGUUAGGACUAUUUUGAACCAUCACUGUGGUUAUACAAUUCUGCACAUUCUCAGCCACCUGCGGCCUAACGAACAUCGCGGGGGCUCCAGUUCCAGCCGCGAGGUUGUCAUGAGGGUCACGACGGUAUAAUAACAGCCUACGGGGCCUUUGCCAAGAGGGAGAGGCUCCACGGUUAACCAUGGAAGGAAGAAGCCGAUGCCUUCAUCUUCCGCACAGGCUCCAUUCUGAGCCCUUACGGGGCAGGCCGCACGCUGUAUACUGUCCGACGCAGGAGGAUGCCUGCCUCCAUGGCGUUGCCGCCGCAGACCCCACCCGCCUCUUCCUUGUUGUGCGUGGGGAGUGCCUCAACUUGAUUGCACCUUCCUACCCUCCCAUCAAUGUGAAUUUUUUUUCCUUUCUCUCUCUCCAUCCAGCUUGUGGUGAAAGGAGAGACAAGUCCCCCUUCCUCCCCCCCAAAACCCCAACCCUCCUUUGUUAUGACUAAACUCCUUGGAAGUGUGGUGGGUGGGGUUUUUAUUUAUUUAUUUAUUUAAUUUUUGAAAAAAUCAAAACAAAAAAAACCAGCCCCUGCCUGGUUCCUUCAGAACGAGUCUUGGCGCCAACCAAUCCAGAUAUUUGAAAACAUUUUUACCUCAUCUUUCAAAGGAAAUCCUGCCAGAAGACCACCCAUCCUGCCUUUCCAACCCAUCCCAUUGGUCUCUCUGACUGGGAGACGCCAACCAGAGAGGUUCUGAACUUUUACCCAUCCCUCCAAAAUAAUAAUGGUGCAAUAAACAUGUUUCUUAAAGCAAAAUGGCAUCUUGCAAUAAGAUAUAUUACCUGUGCAUUUCAUCUUUAAUUUAAUGCAUGGAAAUCUCUUUCUCUCCCUCCCUCCGCCCCUCUUUUCCCCCCCCCC